AUGAUACCUGUUAAUACGGAUCCAAAUUCCUGGGUAAAUAUUCACCACCUGGAGUAUACAGAUGGAGGAAUCCUGGACCCAGAUGAUGUGCUGGCAGAUGUUGUGGAAGACAAAGAUAAGCUGAUUGCUGUUUAUGAUGAGCAAGAAACCCACCGUAAGACUGAUGGCACCAAUGGCAAUUUGACAGACAGAAAUAGCCCAGACUCUUUUGAGACGGAAGUAGCGGCUCAGCUAGCUGCCUUUCAGCCGAUUGGUGGUGAGAUUGAAGUGACUCCUUCUGCCCUGAAACUGGGCACACCGCUUCUAGUACGAAGGAGCAGUGAUCCAGCUUUGGGCCCACCUGCUGACUUCCACCCAAGUGCUUCUCAUCCCAGUGACCACAGUCUCAAGCAUGUUGUGGCAGGUGCUUCCCAGGUGUCCUUUCAGGAUGGGGAGAUGAACCUCGCUGGACCCACAGAACUUCUGUUGGCUCAGAGGGCCCGGCUCCCUGUCAGUGAAAUGACAAAAACAGUGGAGAUUUCUGGGGAAGGUGGACCCUUGGGAAUACAUGUGGUGCCGUUUUUUUCAUCUUUGAGUGGAAGGAUGCUGGGACUCUUCAUCCGUGGUAUUGAAGAAAAUAGCAGAUCCAGGCGUGAUGGGCUUUUCCAUGAAAAUGAAUGCAUUGUGAAGAUUAACCAUGUGGACCUUACAGAUAAAACCUUUGCACAGGCUCAGGACAUCUUCCGUCAGGCAAUGAAAUUUCAAAGUGUCAUCUUGGAAGUCCUUCCUCCAUAUAAUCGAGAACAAUAUGAGAAGUCUGCUAUUGCUCCCCUUUGUUUUCUGGAAAAUGAAGAAGGAGUUCCAAAAACAAAGAUUCCACCUCCUGUUCAUCCAAAACCUGCUCUGAAAACAAUUAAUCUUUCUGGCGCAAGCAGCUUGGAGGCAGGUGUACAGGCAACACUACAACAAGCUAAGAGCCCCAACCUCCCACGUCUAAGUAGAAAGUCAUCUUCUCCUUCAUUGUCACCCCUUUUGGGCUUUGGCAAUAAAAAAAAUGCAAAGAAAAUAAAGAUAGACCUGAAAAAAGGUCCAGAGGGACUUGGUUUCACUGUGGUUACCAGAGACUCUUCAGUACAUGGUCCUGGUCCAAUUUUUGUGAAGAAUAUUUUACCAAAAGGUGCAGCAGUAAAAGAUGGUCGUUUGCAGUCAGGAGACAGAAUCCUGGAGGUGAAUGGACGGGACAUCACUGGCAGGACCCAGGAAGAGCUUGUAGCUAUGCUGAGGAGCACAAAGCAAGGGGAAACUGUCUGUCUGAUUGUGGCUCGUCAGGAGGAGGCCUUUCUACCUCGAGAGCUGAAAGGAGAGCCAAACUGCAGUAUUCUUUCUCCAGAAACCACAGAGCAGCUGACCUUUGAGAUUCCUCUAAAUGAUUCUGGCUCUGCUGGACUUGGUGUGAGCUUAAAAGGCAACAAAUCUCGGGAGACUGGAGCUGAUCUUGGGAUUUUCAUCAAAUCUGUUAUUCACGGAGGUGCUGCUUUUAAGGAUGGUCGUUUGCGAAUAAAUGAUCAGCUUGUUGCAGUAAAUGGGGAGUCACUUCUGGGCAAGUCAAAUCAUGAGGCCAUGGAAACACUGAGGCGUUCCAUGUCCAUGGAGGGGAACAUUCGUGGGAGGAUCCAGCUGGUAGUUCUCCGGAGACUAGAGGUGCAGACAGAGGAACGAUCAGACCAGGGAGUCUUUCAAAAAUCAGCCUUUGACGGGAGUCAUAACUUCGCAGCUGCUUCCCGACGCAGUGAUACUAUUCUUCAGCAGUUUGUAACAUGCAGUCCUCAGGAAAGAAUAAAAGGUAAGUUGACGGUGUCUGAUCAUGGCAAUGGUGAAAACGAAACCCCUCCACCUCUCCCACCGCAUCCCAGUGAGGAUCUGCUGAAUGAGGAUUAUAGUCAUAGCCCUAUCAUAAAUUCAGCAGUGCAUUUAACAGAUCAGCACAUCAACUUCAGAUCUUUGACACCAGCCAAGCAGUCUGAAUCAAUUAAUCUGAAAGCCUCAAAAAGCAUGGAUCUGGUGGCAGAUGAAAGCAAAGUUGGUUUGCUGGCCGGACACAAAUCGGACUCUUCUGGCAAAGAUUUCGGUCCUACUCUGGGAUUGAAGAAGUCCAGUUCUCUUGAGAGUCUUCAGACUGCUGUGGCUGAAGUUAGGAAGAACGAACUCCCUUUUCACAGGCCCAGGCCUCAUGUGGUCCGUGGUCGGGGGUGUAAUGAGAGUUUCCGAGCUGCCAUUGACAAGUCUUACGAUGGACCUGAAGAUGGAGAAGAAGAUGGUUUCUCUGAUAAGAGCUCUCACUCUGGUCAAGAAGCUCAGAACAUGGAAUCUGCCCCUCCAGGGAACCCUGAAAUAGAAGAUGCAGAAACCAAAGCAAAAAAAGACAAAAAAAAUAGAGAGAAAGAGAAGAAAAAGGAAAAGGGCAAAUCUAAAAUCAAAGAGAAGAAAAGGAAGGAAGAAAAUGAAGAUCCAGAAAAGAAAAAGAAGAAAGGCUUUGGUGUCAUGUUGAGAUUUGGAAAGAAAAAAGAAGAUAAAAGUGGGAAAACAGAUCAGAAGGGGAAUCCAAAGCAAGGCACACUUAAAGAGGAGGAGCUGGAGAAAAUGAAAGAUGAACGUGAAAGGAUUGGUGCAAAGCAUCAGGAGUUACGGCAAAAGCAACUGAGAGGCCUGAGUGAUUACUCUGCUGGUCCUGGAGGACCUGACAUAGAUGACGAUGAGAUGGAUCCAAAUUAUGCCAGAGUAAACCACUUCCGAGAGGCUUAUCCAGCAGCAAGCAUUUACAGGCCAUCAUCACCAGCAGUGGCAGAAACCUUUGUAUAUCCACAUGAUUCUCCUUCAGCACCAAUGGAGAGGGAGCACUUGGAAGGACUGUAUGCAAAAAUAAACAAGCAGCACUACCCACAGACUCCUGGUGACAGUGGCUGUGCAGGUGGUGGGAAUGCUGAUCGUAUCCAGAAGUUACGGAAGGAGUACCAUCAGGCCAGGCGCGAAGGCUUACCUUUCUAUGAGGACGACGAAGGAAGAACACAGCUGUCUGAUUAUGACCAGCGUUGGGUGCCUGGAAAAGGUCCAGAUGGGAGCUCGUACAAUCUUCACUUCGAGGGGAUGGAAAGGCAGUAUGCGUCCCUACCCAGGCGAGGACCUGCAGAGCCACUGGAAUAUUUAACGGGGCCACGAGUAAUAUACAAAGAGAGAGAUCUUCCCUACUACCAAGGAGGACAGCCUGUUGUCCACACAUCUAAGGGAAACUACAUCCGUGCGCCGGACACAAGAGUGGCAGAAUUGAGGUACCCCCAGUACUACCCAGCCCAGCCUGUCGGAAACCAGCAUAAAGGACCCCUCCGGCAGGAUGUGCCACCUUCCCCUCCUCAGUCCCACCGAGCACCAGCUUAUAAUGAAAUUGUCCGACACCGUGGGACCAGUCCAGACCAGUACCAGUACAGGCAACAGGAUCCCAGGCAGAAGAACCCCAUGACUGCAGCUGUAUAGCCACGCACUGGACUUGCCAGCACAGCCCGGGAGGAAUCCCGUUGGACAUCAUCCUUGUAGAGUUGUUCCCAAGUGUAGCUGCCUGUAAGAAUGGCACACGAGACCUGGAGUCGUUCUUACUGAGCUGGGCUCAGCAUAGGGGCUUUCUAACAGGCAAACUAAAGCCACAUGAGGUACGAUGUGUUUUGAGUAUGUGAGGUACCAGACAGUUGAGUGUUUUUUAAUUCCUUUUAAAAAUAGAAAGUGGCUGCUAGAA